AUGGAAGACGAAGAGGAUGAUUUCUAUGAUCCCGCCGAUAUGGUGGCACCGGCCCACGUAUCGAACAAUGCCCGGGACACAGCUCCAGGGCAACAGCUAGAUGACAUGGAGGACGACGAGGAUGUAGACGUCGACUCCGAUGAGGAUGAUUUCAAUAUCAUUACAGAGGCACCUGCCGACGCCCCGCCUGCAGAACUCUUACGACAAGAGUCCCAACGACCCCCUUCCGCAGACCAGUCAACUGUAUCUCAAUCUGCUACCCCGUCCGGAACUCCUCGUCUCGAUGCUCCAACUUUACUACCUGGAACUGGCAGCGCUGCUCCCCCGAAGCCUACUACCUUGCCGCAAAAUCAGAAACCCGGCUCCUCCUACCCUGCCAUCCAUACCUCCAAUAUUGACGUGAAUGGCAACCCCAUGCACCCUUCCACUGGAAAGACUAUUAUGGCAACAGACAUGGACACAGACUUUCCGGCCGAUGACAAGCCCUGGCGGCGGCCAGGCUCUGAUGUCUCCGACUUUUUCAACUACGGCUUCGACGAAUUUACAUGGGUCAGCUAUUGUCUGAAGCAGCAGGAGACACGCAAAGAUGUCGGCGACCAAAAGCGACAGAUGGAUGAUAUGUCUUCAUUCCUGGGUAUGGGAAUGCCCCCGAUGCCUGGUGCACCAACCCCUGGCCCCGGCCCCGGCCCCGGACCUGCUGCCAGCGGCCCGCCACCCAUGGCUGGUAUGCCUGGCAUGCCUGAUAUGUCUCCGGAUAUUAUGCAGCAGAUGUUGGCUGGCAUGAUGGCACAGGGAAUGGACCCGUCCAACAUGGAUCCAAUGACCUUCAUGCAGAACGCGCAGGCGAUGAUGGGUGGUGGCCAGCCUGGCGGUGGUCAGCAAGGUCAACAGAACUUUGGAGGCUCAGGCCAAAACCAAUCUUUUGGUCAGCCUUCUCAGGGUCAGAUGGGAUAUGGAGGCUACGACCAGCGUGGCAAUUAUGGAGGCCGUGGCCGUGGACGAAGAUGGUAG